AGAAUGAGAAAACAAAAAUAAGUUGAGAACUUGUGAGCAAGUGAAAGUGCAACAUCAAAUGUCAAGGUGUGUAGUCGAGUGUGGUAGAGGCAGGUAAAGCGUCGACACAAUAUAUACUUCUGACGGAACAGCGAAAUGCUAUGUUGCUAAGGUACGAAGUUUUUUUACCCUGUAAUUUUUCACCAAUAAGAUAAAUUGUUGAGCAACGUAGUUAGAAUGUGAAAGGACAAUCUGUUGGCACAAGGUUACAACAUGAAGAGAUCUGUGGAGUUUCUGUCAGGCUGAAGGGAAGCCACAUAAAGUCACAGCUACUUUGAAAACAGCCAUAUAGGGCCUAUUAACAUCUGGGAUGAUGAGGGGAUUGGAAGAUCAGGAUAAGAAGGAUGACUCUCACAGAGGUGUGAGUGGCACGGUGAGGACAGAGAAUGAGGUUACUGAUGGAGUUUCAAGGAGGACUCUGACCCUGCUAGACAGGUUGCGACUGUGUCAGGACGCCUGGGCCCCUGGGGGCCCCUGGGAUAGAGACGGUGCCCAUGCUGCCCUCUGGGGCCGGCCUGCUGGGAGCUUCCUGGUGUUGAGGGACUCUGCCUCCCAGCCCGUCCUGCUGUGUGUGGUCACUGGAGGAGAGAGUGGACAUGUCAGAGACAACCCCAUACAACGCACUGGUGCAGCUUAUCAGCUAUCUCAGUCAUUUUUAGGCUUCUCUGAUCUGGCCCAGUUAGUGGCCUUCUACUCUAUGAGCAGGGACGUGUUGCCAGUGUGUCUGUUCAUCCCUCCGUGGCUCUACAGUCUAACAGAUCAGCCACAGUCCAACAGUCUGUCCCAGCUGGGUCCCAAAUCCUGGCUGUGUCCCACUUCUGACCUCCAGCCUGAUCACAUGACUCAGAGGGCUACUGGUACUGCCAUGUGCACCAUACAGCUGACAGCAGCCAAUGGUGCUCUGUGCAUCAUCAACCCACUCUAUCUCCAUGAGCAUGGCGAUGACUGGCUGACCCAUCAACCAACCAGCCCACAGCGAGUUAAUCGGCCAGCGAAUUAUAGGCGUGAGAGACGACUGAGUACAACAAGACCUUGGUCAGGGGCGGGCCUUCUUACUAAGAGAGCUAUCUCAAUGGAGCAGGAGUCCUACAGCUCCAGGUCUGAUAAUCCAGGGUCUCCUGUAGUCCAGGCUACCCCGUCUCCCCCCACCCCAACAGGAGGGGUGGUUCUGAGGAGGCCCAGUAGGGAUGCUUCCAUUGAGUCACUCGAUAGAACAUGGACCCAGGACCGCACUACCAACCCCAGGCCCCCCUCAGACCCCAAGCCCCUGCUCAGCCCUGCCCCUCAGUCGCCUCAGAGGGUGUCCUGGAUUGAGGACAAUGUAUGGCUCUCCCAACCACCACCCCCCUCCCUCCUCCUCCCUCCCUCCCUGGAGCUAGACUCGCUGUCAAUCAACAGCGUCGAGGAGGAACCGGAGUCGGUCACCAGUUCCUCCCACUCCCCCCACCCCUCGCAUCGGUUGGCCGACAAGGUGAUGCACCGCCUCUCGGCUGUGGGCCUCGCCAUUGGUGGGCUGGGGCGUUCACAGAAGAGGCUGACCAAGCGGGUGCAGGAGCUCAGCAAGCGGAGGGGCGGUUUGUUUGCCGAGGCAGUGAUGGGAUUCGUUGAGAUGACCCUGGGGGUUGGGUUUAGCCCUGGAAUGACAGGUGCGGACCUGCUUCAGGAGGUGCGUACGGCUCUCACUGCCCUGAGAGAGACACUGCUGGACUGUCCUGAGAUACACAUCCUCAUAGACAGUAUGGCGGACACACCCGACGGGGAGCUGGAUGCMAUACUGGAGCUCUCCCUACACAAGGUGGCCCUAAAGCCUGUGAGCGCCCACCUGUACACCUGCCUCCAGAGCUGUUGGGACCAUGACGGUAGCCUGCGGAAGCUGAGGGAGAACCAGCGGCUCCUGGAGGGCCGGGGGGUGGAGGAGCUGGAAGGGACGCCUGGGGCGGGGGUCCCUGACCCUGUCACCCUGGAGAAGAUCCAGCAGAGGUGGUCAGCCAUGCACCAGUCCUACUCCCCCAGCAGGAAGGUCCAUAUCCUGCUCAAGGUCUGCAAGACCAUCUACCACAGCAUGACGGCCAAUGCCAACCCAGGUGUGGUGUAUGGGGCUGAUGACUUCCUGCCGUGUCUGACCUGGGUGCUUCUGCGUAGUGAUGUGGUCACUCUGCAGCUGGACACUAACUACAUGAUGGAGCUACUGGACCCCACACAGCUGCAGGGAGAGG